AUGAACCGAGCUCCUCCCAGUGGCAAGAAGAGCAGAUUCAGUCAGUAUACAUUAACAUCUUGCUGCAAGCUGUGACCAGCACAAGUCUUCCAGGCUGCAGACCACUCACUGACUGAUACAUUGCAAGAUGCCAGACUUCAAUUGGAAGAUUUUGGAUAAUUUUCCACUGCUAAUGUACAUUUUAGCAGCGAAGACUGUAAUAUUGUGUUUGGCGUUCGCCGGUGCUAAGAUAUACCAACGUAGAAGACUUGAAGCUAAAAUGAAGCUGGAGGAAGAAGCACGGCUGAAACAGAAAGCAGAGAAGGACAAAACGGAGAAAAAAGAUGACUGAGAUGAUUUAAUCUCUACGCUGGGUGCAUUCUCCAGUUGUACUGGAAUGGAUUGAGUACAGAACCUGGACAGAAAUUGUGGACUGUUAAAUUAUUAAAUUGUGUAUUUUAAAAAUCAGUAUAUAAUUUUGUACUAAAUUAAAUUUGUGGGAAAAGAAAGUAUUUUUAUUUACUGACAUAACAAUGAGCCUGCUCAGGGAAUUUUUCAAUUUUUCUUCAAUCAUCAUGGACUCCGAGGACACUGGCAGGAAAUUUGGCCCUAAAAUCCUGCUUUAUUGGUAUGGAGGAAGUGUUAUGACGUUUGCCUACCAGAAGACGUGCAAAUAUACUUUCCCAUACUCAGAACUUGUGUCCGUCCAAUAGGUUAAGAUCUGAAGUUUUAAGAGCCAAAGCCAUGGUCCUAUCUGUCAGCUGUAUCAUUUUCAGUGGCACUCCCAGGUUGGAAAUCACCUGGGUAGUAUGAAUGGAUCAUCUCUCCAGUCACUGUGAGGAGCAAUGCUAAACAUUUAUUAAGGAUGGACAACAUGGUGGAAUUGAUCCUUUAAAGUGUGACAUCUUAGCCUAGACGCACUGUAUUCUGGGUUGUAAAUUUAUGAAGUAUGGAAGUAGAUUGAAAAGAUUGCUGUCCAAUGAAUGUAAAUCCAGAUCAUAAAUGUGUGUAGAACAUCCA